CCUUUUUUUCUCUCUCCAGGGAAUGGUUUCGCCCAAACGUCGCACUAAAAGGAGCCUUCCCCUGCAACGUUCCAAAUCAGAACGUUGGCGGCCUCCACGUUCUGUUGGUGCCUUUGUUUACGGAAGCGUCUGCGUCGCAGGUGAAUCCCCAGCCAUGGCUGUCAAGAUCAAGGUGGUCUAUUGUGGAGCCUGAGGAUACAGUCCCAAGUAUCAGCAGCUCAAGAAGGAACUCGAAAUAGAGUUUCCGGGCAAGCUGGACAUUACUGGGGAAGGGACGCCUCAGGUCACAGGAUGGUUCGAAGUGACAGUGGCAGGGAAGCUGGUGCAUUCCAAAAAGAAUGGAGAUGGCUUUGUGGAUAAUGACACCAAAUUCCACAAGAUAAUAGUGGCCGUCAAAGCAGCUUUAGCAUAAAGAUGGCUUCGAGGAUGCAGCAAUAGCUUACUGGGAGAAAAGCUCAAUGAACCCUCUGUUUUGUUCAUCGUGGCCGAGCGCUUGAUGACGGGAGCCGCUGAAAUGUCGUCAGACGCGUGGCAGUUCCCCGAAACCCCUUUGCGUAGGAUGCCAUUUUGAGCAAAGCCUGAUGAAGACCUUGAGUUUAUUUAACACCUGAAUGGCGCAACAACUAACACUUUGGUGUUAUGUGUGUUCUGUAUGCGAUCUUUCUUUGUGGUGCUGGGUUAAUAUUUGAAUAAUUCUGGCCUUUUGAAUAUUAUGAGGGAUGGGAAUGAACAUGCCCCCACUCCUGAUCUUUUGUUUCUGGGCUCUUUGGAUAUUUAAUAUUUUGGAUAUUUAAUAUUCUCAGAUAUCUUCAAUUAAAAAUAAGGAAUGAAUACUUCUGCUAUUGCCAUGGAGUCCAAUCCCCUCAAAUUUUGAAUUAGUGUUAAAAUUGUAAAAGACACAAUUUGUGGAUCUAUUUCCAUUCCUAAUUUUCAUGUUGCAAGACUUUGCUUUCUUAAUGCGCACAUCUGCUGAUUUGUUUCUCUUGAAUGCAGUAAGCCUUUAAUAAAACGCCUCUUCCAAAA